CCCCGUUUUUCUCCCUUUCCACAUCGUCGUCGUCGUCCUCCUCCUCCAACAAACCCGGCCGCCUCGCGUUUCCCCCCCUCUCCGCGAGGGGGUUUAUCCCCUCCCCCUCCUCCGAUCGCGAUCUCCGGAGCUUUUCCCAUGGCGUCGAAGCCCCCGAUGCGCUUCCCCGUGGGGAAAAGGUCGUCGCUCGCCGUCCACGGGGCCGCCGCCGCGGCCCAAUCCCGCGGCGCCCUAACGACGACCAUCCCUGAGAUCGACGGCGACGUGCGACUCAUGUACCUCGUCCAUGAAGGCGACAUCGCCGGGAUCCGGGAGCUUGUCGACGCCGGCACCGACGUCAACUACCGCGACAUCGACGGCCGCACGCCGCUCCACGUCGCAGCGUGCGAGGGCUUCGACGACGUCGUACGGUUGCUCCUCGAGAAGGGGGCGCGCGUGGAUCCGGAGGAUCAGUGGGGAAGUACGCCGCUAGCAGAUGCGCUACAUUACAAGAACAAUGAAGUAAUCAAGCUUUUAGAGGAGCAUGGUGCCAAGCUUAAGAUAACUCCGAUGCAUGUCAAUAAUGCCCGUCUAGUUUUAGAAUAUGAGAUCGACCCUAGUGAGCUUGAUUUCACCAACAGUAAAAAUAUAACUAAGGGAACCUUUCGAGUUGCAACAUGGCGUGGAAUUCAGGUUGCUGUCAAAAAGCUCGACGAUGCGCUGAUUACUGAUGAGGAUAAAGUAAGGGCAUUUAGAGAUGAACUUGCUUUGCUUCUGCUAAUUCGGCAUCCAAAUGUUGUUCAGUUUUUGGGUGCAGUCACUCAAAGCAGUCCUAUGAUGAUUGUAACUGAAUUUUUGCCCAAGGGUGAUCUUCGUGCUUACUUGAGACGUAAGGGAGCUUUAAAACCAACAGUAGCUGUCGCAUUGGCACUCGACAUCGCAAGAGGAAUGAAUUACUUGCAUGAGCAUAAGCCAGCCAUUAUCCACCGUGAUCUUGAGCCUUCAAAUAUCCUACGGGAUGAUUCGGGGCAUUUGAAAGUUGCAGACUUUGAUGUUAGCAAGUCUCUGAAGAAGACUAAAAAAGUUAGAGAGGAUAGACCACUGGUCUGCCAGGGAACUGCCUGCAGGUAUAUGGCCCCGGAGCUAUUCCGAAAUGAAGAGUAUGAUACUAAGGUCGAUGUCUUCUCAUUUGCUUUGAUUUUACAGGAGUUGAUCGAAGGAUGCCCACCAUUUUACCACAAACAAGAUAGUGAAGUUUUAGAAGCGUAUGCUUCUAAAGAAAGGCCUCCUUUCAGAGCCCCGCUUAGGAAAUACUCGCAUGGAUUGAAAGAGUUAAUUCAACAAUGCUGGAGUCAAAAUCCAGCCGAGAGACCAUCUUUUAGAGAGAUAAUCUAUCGUUUAACCCUGAUUCAGAACCAAACACCUAAGAAAAAGCAAUGGAAGGUGAGAACAUGUUUCCAAGGUUUUGAAGCCAUGUGGAAGAAAGAACGCUCUAACUCGAGCGGCCAUUGUUCUCUCUUGUCCCACUCAAAUUUCUAAGCACUGGGAAUCCCAAGCGUGGAAUUCAAAUAUUAAAGCACAGGUGUGUUCACUGAUACGGCUUUUCUGGGAAUUCCAAAGUGCCGGUUUUGGUUUGAGUUUGCAUGGUCCAUUAGAGCUCAGAUUGGUGAAGUGGUUUACUCCUUUUUGGCAUCUACAGCAGCAUACUGAUUAUUCCGUCCCCAUAGUCAUUUUAUUUAAUUAAAAAAAAUUGUUCAUAAGUACUCGUCCGAAUUUACCUUGUCCAUUUUUAAAUGUUUUAAUCUGUGUGAGUAAUUAGUUUCAUGUGAUCUUUAAUUACUUUUGAUCCUUUGGCUUUUGCUGAAUAUAUUAUCCAAAAAAAUUGUUUUCUUGCA